CGGGCCCGUGAUCCGGGCGCUGAUUGGCUCCUCCGGCUGUCAGUCACCUAGAGGCUUCGGCUGUGCCGGGGUAUACGGAGCUCCACAAUGGAGCUGGUGCAGGGAGCGGGCAGUGCCUUCCGACCCGCGGAGACGUUGUGGGAGACGAGUCCGACACCGAUCGCCAGGCGGCGGGCCGAAGUGGAGGACGACUGCUUCAUAUGCUCCGAGUGCGGCAUGAGCUUCGACCAGUACUGCCAGCUGAAACUGCACCUGGCGUCCCACGGCGUUGAGCCCCGCUUCCCGUGCCCCGUGUGCGGCCGGCGUUUCGGCUGCCCCUCGCAGCUGGCGCGGCACCGGCGCUGCCACGGCAACGAGCUGCCCCACCGCUGCGCCACCUGCGGCAAGGAAUUCGGCCUGGCCUCCACCCUGCUGACCCACCAGCGCUGCCACAGCGGCGAGAAGCCCUACCAGUGCACCAGCUGCUCCAAGAGGUUCAGCUGCUCCUCCCACCUGGCGCAGCACCAGCGCACCCACUCCGGGGAGAAGCCCUUCCAGUGCCCCACCUGCGGCCGCGGCUUCAGUCGCUCGGGUACCCUUCGCCGACAUGAGGUGACCCACACCGGUGCCAAGCCCUACAAGUGCCCCGACUGCGGCAAGGAGUUCAGCCACUCUUCCUCGCUGACAAAGCACCAGCGCCGCCACAAGGAGGACUGGCCCCUCCAGUGCGGCAUCUGCGGCCGGGAGUUCAAGCAGAGGUCGGCGCUGGGCAUCCACAAGCUGUACCACGUGGCGGAGAAGCGGCGGAGAGAACACGAGGAGAGGCUGGUGAAUCGAGCGGUGAACUCCCAGGAUCCGGACUCGGGCCGGGAUGGGACAGUGCGGACGCCGAGGUGCUCCUGGUGGCCGGAGCCCCCGGAGGGCCCGAGACGCUUCAGCUGCCCCGAGUGCGGCAAGGGCUUCGACCAGAACUCGCGGCUGAAGCUGCACCUGCGGGUGCACACGGGCGAGAGGCCCCUGACUUGCGCCGACUGCGGCAAAGGCUUUAGCAACUCGUCCAACCUGCGCAAGCACGAGCGCACCCACACCGGGGAGAAGCCCUUCAAGUGCGCCGUCUGCGGCAAGGAGUUCAGCCAGUCCUCCACCCUGGUGGCUCACCAGCGCACCCACACCGGGGAGAAGCCCUUCCGCUGCCCGGUGUGCGGCAUGGACUUCAACAAGCAGUGCAACCUGCGCAAGCACGAGCGCACCCACACCGGGGAGAAGCCCUUCAAGUGCCCGGUCUGCGGCAAGGGAUUCAUCGACCCGUCUAGUCUCCGCAACCACAAGGGCACGCACAUGGGUGAGAAACCAUUCCAGUGCCCCGCCUGCCCCAAGGGCUUCAGCAACCCCUCCAGCCUCCGCAAGCACAGGAGGAUCCACGCGGGAGAUGCCGGUGGCGGUGGCCGAGACGGGGUAAGUGAGGCUCCGGAGGCCCUUUGCCGGAGUUUCGGGGGACCAGCCCAAAACAGCAGGAGUCACCCUGAGCGCGGCGCCCCGCCUCCUGAGAGACGCCAAGUCCUUCGGAUGACCUCUCCCUGAGCUCCAACUACCCAGCGGGACGAAGGAAGCGGGUGGCAAUGGAGCACUACCACCUCUGAGUCUCACCCCCCACCCUGACUUGGGAAAUAUAUCGGCCGUUCCUUCGCUGUCGCUGGGUCCAAACCCUGGAACUCCCUCCCUAACAGCACGGUGGGUGUACCUACACCACAGGGACUGCAGCGGCUCAAGAAGGCAGCUCACCCACCACCUUCUCAAGGGGGGCAAUUAGGGAUGGGCAAUAAGCGCUGGGCCCGGCCCAGCGACCCUUCCAUCAGCGGGUGAAGAGAAGUCUGAUUAGAAAUUUAGCUGCUGCUCCGCACAGUUUGCCAACUUUUUCAAGACACGUCUAGGAUCAAAGGAGAUUUAGGAAGGAGAGUCAGAGGGCAGGCCCAGCCUAACCAUCACUGCCGUUCUCAGGAAAGAGAUUCCGCUGCUAUUGAGAAUUGUACACACUCGAAGAGAUUAUAUUUGCCCUAUUCAGGAGCCCAUCCUUGCCCCCUUUUUGUCCUAGGCUGUAGAGAUUCAGUGCAGGUCAGCAAUAGCCGAGGUUCCAGGAUUAUGCCUCGUGCCUUGCCCAGUUGGGACCAAGCUCUUGUGGGGUAACCUGGGGUGGACGGGGGGGGGGGAAGAACUGGAGGCCAUAGUGGCAGCCCCACUUAAAAUGUGCAAUAACCUACUCUUCCCCCCACCCCCUGCCAGCCCUCCCGAACACGACCUGAUCCCACAGGGCGUACCCCACAGAGGUACCAGCGGACAAAGGCACUGAGCUUCACCCGGCACUGGUUGCCCGUCUGUCAUCAUAACCUGGCCACGGUCCGGGUGUGUAGUGUUCACACCAGCCCGGGGGUACAGUGGCGACCAGGAGCGAUUGCCGCAAAGCUCAGGCUCUCCCGAGGCGUGCCUACUGCCUGGCUGGUAGAACCUGUGACCAGAGCCCCCCCCCCGCCGAUGUCCCAAGGCCCAUCUCCUACCUACGAGGCAGCUGCUUUUCAGUUCCUUGGGAGGGGGCAGCACGAGCAAGCGCUAUCGCAGGGAAGGAAAGCUGCUGCCAACACCGCCCUCUAACCGAUCACUGUGCAGGGCUGGCCAACCCCACUUGCCAAUCACGUUGGAGAAAUGUCUUGCUCGACAGAACUAGUAAAGAUUCCCAUUGUCCGUAGAAUUUGGAGUUCGUCUUAACAUAGAAACUAGGAGCAGGAGGAGGCUAUUCAGCCCUUCGAGCCUGCUCCGCCAUUCAUUACGAUCACGGCUGAUCAUCCAACUCAAUAGCCUGCUCCCCCGCGUUCUCCCCAUACCCUUUG